AUGAGCGCUCCAAUCCCUGAAAGCACUUUGCAAGCCGUUGGCAAGCUGGCCCGGCUGCUGUGGCGUCUCGUGAGAGACGAGGACGACCCCAUCACCGCUGAAAGACUCGACGAGGACUUUGUAUGGCAAACGACCAUGGUCACGGAGAGAGAGCGUGAAGAAGCUCUGUGUGCAGCCCGCGAGGAGGAGGAUUACGGCAACCCGCUACAGGCCUACGACCAUCCUGUCUACCUCGUGGCAGGCCCACGGCAGAGCGAGGAGCAGCAGCACGCCGAGCCCCUACCCAAAGCGGUACGGCGUGGCCUGAAGGACGGGCUCCGCUGUGAGAAGGCCACCUUUUGCCUGCUCGUAUUGGUGUUCAGAGUCGUGACCUCUCUCGACUCCUCCGCAAAUGUAGAGUGGCUGACCGUCUACCCACGGCCGAAUUUCGCCAUCAUCCAUGAGCGCAAUCGCCCCUUCCAGAACAUCGUCCAUUCCGUGAUUCGAAUCACCCUGGGAACAGGGAAGAUCUUCAUCCUCGACCUCACAGGAGCACAAUACGGACACAGUUCCGCGCGUGUGUACGCCUGGGAAAAGUACAAAAAGGACUUUGUCGCCAAGCCCAACGAGCGAACAGGGCCUCGGUGGUGGGUGGGGCCGCCCACAGGUAUCACACAUGGGUUGAUAAGUAAAUGGGGCAGAUAUUCAGGAGCAUUUCGUCUCGCGUACAGCGAGUGGAUCCAAGGGUUCGCAAACGGAGCGGAUUGGUGGAGGCAAGUGAGCUCGCUGAGUGAAGCAACUCUCGAGCAGCAUCUCCAGAGGUGCGUCGACCUGGCAAGGGACAGGGUCAAGGUUGUGCAGCGGGAGCUUGCGAAGGCAGACGCCGCCGAGAGAAGUCGGAGAGCCAGUGAGGCCGAGAGAGGAGCGGAACUGCCGGGCGAUGCCAAUGAAGGUGUUGAUGAAAGGUUCUGA